GAUGCCAAAUAUUUCGCAAGGGAUCGAGAGAAUUCUGUAUUUUAUUUGGUCGGUCAAAGAGUUGGGGUGGUAUAGGCCUAGUUCUCGUUAUGUUUUCUUCCGUCGUUUUCCAAUCUAAACAUUUUGCUGCUUGAUGGAUGGUGUUAAGAAGUUUUCAGUUCGGUUUGUUUAGUGAGAAAGAUACAUAGAAAAGAUGCCAGUAGAUGCUAUGAUGCUGUUGGUGAGCUCAAGUCCACCAUCAUUUAGUUGUUCAACACUUCCUGCUUAUUCUCACUAUUCAACUUUUAACCAGAAAAGACAGUCAAACUUACAAAUUCAGAUGGCCCCACAACACAAAGCAGUACACAGUAAUAUGAACCUUACGGUGGGCAAGCCAUUGAGGUCGUGUUUACGAAUUCAAGAUGUUCCAUCUUCAUCUCCUGCGCUGAAUAAAGAAGUAGACAAUGGAAUAAACGCAUCAAAAACAAUAAAAAAGAGUGUCUGCUUUGCUGAUAGUAAAGGACUCUCACUCGCUUUGGUUAAAAUCAUGAAUGAAGCAAGUGAUAUACCACCUAUAUUGAGUUCAGAUGUCUUGCGAAUGAUAACACAGGAUGUGGUACCGCAUCCAUCAUUAUCAUAUAAAUACGUGCCAAGCUUUGAUCAGCCUGCCUCAAAUUAUAUAAGGUUUCGAGAACGAUUGGAACAUCAGAAUGUCUGCCUUGAAAAUAUUGUUGUGAAGGAUGACUUACUUGUUAUGGGUACACUCAAAGUUAAAAACAUCUCAUUUGAGAAGGUGGUGUUCAUUCGCACAACCUUUGACCAAUGGAAGUCAUUCACAGAUUUUCCAGCCUCAUUUGUGCAAUCGUUCGGCAGUAACCUGCAUAAAUAUGAUACAUUUUCCUUUGAAUUUCAUAUGCCUACAAAUCGAAGGAUUGAACAAUUUGAGUUCAGCGUUUGCUUUAGAAGCGAUUCAACUGAGUUUUGGGACAAUAACGAUAAUUUAAACUACAGGGUACAGGCUGAAGAAUUAAGGGAAGGUGCACAGUCAGAAGCGAGGAGUUUUAGAAAUUCUUACACAAGCCUUAAUGGGAAUGUUGACUGGUCUACAUUCUCUUACUGGAAGGUUGGAGAUGAUGAGAGGCCUUACUGGUGACAGGCACUAAAACUUUGUUACUUAGUCUGACUACCAAAGAUAUUUGAAAACUAAAAAGUGCAUGUCUUACUAAAAAUAAAUUACUGUAUUAGAUUUUUUUUUAAAUUUAUAUUAUGAAUCGAUGUAUUUUUAAUGAAGGAUGAGUGAUUGUUUUCAGAGAGGAACUGAAUUAUGUAACAGUACAAAUGAUUAAAUUUGAGAAAGCUAUUAUUUUAGGCGAAUGAUGGUUUUGAGAGCUAUGUUGAAGGUGUAUUUUACAUUGCUGCCCAACUACUGUAUAACAAACACAAAAUCUCAAAAAUUUAGUCUAGGCUGCUUGUUGGUAAAAAUUAUUUUCCCCAAGGAGAAUCCUGAAUUACUUCACUUUUAGCCCAGUAGGAACGUCACUCUUCAGUAUUAUUUUAUAGUGCUAAAAUACACAAAGGUAAUAGUUACUGUACCCAUGAAAACCCUAUAGUUUUGGCCCUUGUAGUUUAAAAGAGAAAUAUUUAAUUGUAUCCGUGCUUAGGCAAAAUUGUUGGCCUUUACAGUACCCUUUAUAAAGUGAUUUUUUAAGCAAGUUUCAUAUAAUUUUAAUAUUGUGUAUCUUGUAAUAAUAAUGUAGUGUACUAUGUAUACUGUACUGCAACCAAGGACAGGCUAAAUAAUUUUAACAAUGUGUUUGUGUGAAUGGAUUAGCCCUUAGUUGAAAACACAAUCCUGUUUAUAGCUACAUUGAAUAAAGUGUAUCUUUAACUUUCAUUGGAUUUUGUGUUAAAUCCGGUUAGCUUACCUUGAGAUGUCAAACGAUAGCUUUUCUAGAGGACAUUAAAUAAUUUCCAUUCUAAAUCAUUAAUCAUUUUGUUGAAUGUUAGGUGCUGCACCGAGGUGUACUUUUAACCUUUGUUUAAGAACAGACAUAAUCUAUUAUUGAGCUAUCAGUAAGUUAGUAAUUGAACUAACUUGUACAAUUAUUCGUCAUCUUACUGUUAGGUAUGUUUACGACUUGGGAUACCUGUGUGUUUUUCUUUAUCUGAAGAAGUUGGUAGUUUGCUAAAAUAUGUAAUGCAACAAUCAUUACUUGUUGAUUAUACUGUAGGUAAAGUGUAA